AUGCUCUACCUGGUUGCUCUCCUCUUGCACUGUCUCCCCUUGGCCAUGGGACAGUAUGACAUUUGCAAGUCCUGGGUGACCACAGACGAUGGCCCCUCAUGGGAGUUUUACGCCUGCCAGCCCAAGGCCAUGCGGAUGAAGGAUUAUGUGACAGUACGGGUGGAUCCGGCAGGAAUCACCUGCGGGGACCCGCCGGAGAGAUUCUGCACCCAUGAGAACCCAUACCUGUGGAGCGACGAGUGCGACGCCUCCAACCCGGACCUGGCCCACCCACCGAAACUCAUGUUUGACAGCGAGGAUGAAGGGUUGGCCACAUACUGGCAGAGCGUGACGUGGCGCCGGUACCCGGAGCCGCUGCUGGCCAACAUCACUCUGUCCUGGAACAAGAGCAUCGAGCUGACAGAUGACAUCGUGAUAACCUUCGAGUACGGCCGACCUACCAUCAUGAUGCUGGAGAAGUCACUGGACAACGGGAGGACUUGGCACCCAUACCAAUAUUACGCAGAUGACUGCAUGGAGGCCUUCAGCAUGCCAGCACGGAGGGUCCGGGACCUCUCCACCACCAGUGCCAACAGAGUCCUCUGCACGGAGGAGUAUUCCCGCUGGGCGGGCUCCAAAAAAGAGAAGACUGUCCGGUUCGAGGUGAGGGACCGCUUUGCCAUCUUCGCUGGUCCCGACCUCAAGAACAUGGACAACUUGUACACCCGGCUGGAGAGUGCCAAAGGGCUGAAGGACUUCUUCACCGUGACCGACCUGCGGAUGAGACUGCUGAGACCGGCCCUGGGGGGCACCUACGUGCAGAGGGAGAACUUGUACAAGUACUUCUAUGCCGUCUCCAACAUUGAAGUCACUGGCAGGUGUAAAUGCAACCUCCACGCUAACCUGUGCACCUUCAAAGAGGGCAGCCUGCAGUGCGAGUGCGAGCACAACACCACGGGGCAGGACUGCGGCAAGUGCAAGAAGAACUUUCGCUCCAGGUCUUGGCGAGCAGGAUCCUACCUGCCUCUCCCCAACGGGUCCCCCAAUGCAUGUGCAGCUGCAGGCUCAGCCUCUGGCACCUACGAGCGAUCGCAGCGGGUUAGCGUCUCAAAAACCACCACUGCAAAAACGACCACCACCACAACCACCACAACCACAACCUCAACCACCACAACCACCAGCAGCACCCCCCUACCUGCCACCACCACCCAGCCAGCAUCCUCAAAGAGCUCAAAACUCAUCCGGCUCAAACCAGAUGCUGGCCCAGUGGCUCCUAUUGAAACAUAUAAAGACUGUGAGUGCUAUGGCCACUCCAACCGCUGCAGCUACAUCGACUUCCUGAACGUGGUGACCUGCGUGAGCUGCAAGCACAACACAAGGGGCCAGCACUGCCAGCACUGCCGCCUGGGCUUCUACCGCAACAGCUCGGCAGAGCUGGAUGACGAGAAUGUAUGCAUAGAAUGUAACUGCAACCAGAUCGGCUCCAUGCACGACCGCUGCAAUGAGACCGGCUACUGUGAAUGCAAAGAAGGUGCCACAGGGCCCAAGUGUGACGACUGCCUGCCCAACUACUACUGGAGACAGGGCUGCUUCCCCAAUGUCUGCGAUGACGAGCUCCUGCUUUGCCAGAACGUCGGCACCUGCUACCAGAACCAGCGCUGCGUCUGCCCCCUGCGGGGGUGGGUGGACCUCUGA